ACCGAGGAACCGUGUCGGAGCAAGGAAACCGAAGCAGGCCAUUUCCCAAACAUCUCUUACCGAUUUAUCGGACGACCUCUCUGUGACCUCUUUCUCCAACAAUUUGACCUUUUUGCUAAACCCGAAAACCAUCCUCAUCUCUUCUUUGCUUCUCGCUGGAAAAUCUAUUUUCCGUUCCCGUCCAUUCUCUAGCCAUGGCCACCAACCCGCCCGAAGGUUACGCCGAUGAUUUUCUGGAACAAAUCCUCGCAAUUCCCUCCUAUCCUGGACACGACCCUAAUAUGGUGGGAACGGGUUCUACCAUGGUGCUGCAGCUGAGUUCAGGCGACGGCUCAGGCCACGUCGCCGGAGGUGGCUUCCAGGGGCCGGUCUUUCCGUUAGGUCUGAGCUUGGAGAGCGGGAUUCCGGCGACACAGGUGGCGCCGGGAAGUGGCGAGCGGUUUCGAGAUGACGUUGAUGCCAGAGGUUCUUCAGGGAGGAGCGAGAGAGAGUCGGUGCAUUUGGAUGGUUUGUUUCCGGCGUAUGGACAUGUACAGUCUCUCUCCGUCCGACCCGCCGUUCCUCAGGUUCACCAGGCUUUUCAUGGCCAGCCAACUCCUGUCCCAAUUACUGCUGCACCACACCCGCCAGCUAUCCGCCCAAGGGUGCGUGCUCGGCGUGGACAAGCCACUGAUCCUCACAGCAUUGCUGAGCGGCUACGUAGAGAGAGGAUAGCAGAAAGAAUGAAGGCUUUGCAAGAACUUGUCCCUAGCUCCAACAAGACGGAUAGGGCUGCAAUGCUUGAUGAAAUUGUGGACUAUGUGAAGUUCCUAAGGCUCCAAGUCAAGGUUUUGAGCAUGAGUAGACUGGGAGGUGCUGGUGCAGUGGCACAACUCGUGGCUGACAUCCCAUUGCCAGCAGUUGAGGGAGAAACGGGUGAAGGUGGAAGCAACCAGCAAGCCUGGGAUAAAUGGUCAAAUGAUGGCACGGAACGAGAAGUAGCAAAGCUCAUGGAAGAAGAUGUUGGAGCUGCUAUGCAGUUCCUCCAAUCCAAAGCACUGUGCAUCAUGCCCAUAUCACUUGCUGCAGCAAUAUACCCUGCACACCAAACUGAUACCCCUACGCUCAUCAAGCCUGAGCCAAAUGCUCCAUCCUAGACCCCUUGAAAAUGCACGUGCCUGUUGACAACUCCCAUUGACCCCUAGUUGGCUAAUCCCAAAUUCCUUAGUAUCCUGAAUCCAUAUCCUAAAGUGUUCCUCACUAUCCCUUUUGGCAAUGCAAUCAUAGUCAGAAGCCAUAGUCUUGCUUUUGCCUCUUUUUAUUCUGAGUUUUGUCAAAGAAAGAGUGAAUCAUGCUUUGGGAAAAAAGAAAAGGCACUUUCAUCACUUCUUGCCAUGCUCGAGUGAAGGGGGGAAAUUUUCAAAGCUAUAUUGAUAUGCUACUCCUUUUCAUUUGUGCUGCUUGCUGGAUGGUCAGAACACUUGUGGUGGGGACUCUCUUUGGUUGAUGCUGUGGUCUUGUAAAGCGGAUGGGAUGACUACGAUUCCAUGUAAUUAAAAUGAAUUUGAAGAAAGCUGAAAUGGAUAAUGGAAAGUCAAUUUCAAUGUUAUAUUGCAUUAUUUCCAGUCUUGGAGGAGAUUGAUUUGUGCCACUUGGCUUUUGUGGGAACUGAAAGUGGGGUGUAUUCCUAAAAGUAAUUUCAAGCAUUUCUAUAA